AUUCUGAACCAACGGUCACACCGGGCCUAAAAACAUAAACAAAUCGUUUUCUUAAUAUUUAUUUGAUUGAAAAUAAUUAAUUUUAUACCCCGGUCUGCAAUGCAGACUGCCGGAAAUAAUGCAAUCCUGGCCCUGAGGCGGUUCUUCUUGCUGGCGCGGCGCCACUGCUCGGUUUCGGCGCAAACCGCCUCGGCCGGCUCCCAAACAAACGCCACCCAACCGCCACCUCCUUCGAAAUCCGGCGAAGCUAAAAUGCGCGGAUGGCAGCUGCACAACUAUGGCGGCAUCGAAGAGCUACAGCUUUCGGACAAGCUAAGGAUACCCCAGAUACGUAGCUCCAAUGAGUGCCUGGUUCGGGUUCGAACGACGGCGGUGAAUCCGAUAGACCUGGCCAUGCUCCGGGGAUACGGAGCCGCGGUGCUGAACAAGAUGCGUUGUCAGCCCGGCGAUGGCAUCGAGUUCCCGCUCACACUGGGUCGUGAGUUCUGCGGCGAGUUGGUCCAGAAGGGCAUGGGUGUCCCAGCGGACACCCUGCCACUGGGAACUCGAGUCUGGGGAGUAGUGCCGGUGCAGGCCAGUGCUGGAGCGCAUGCGGAAUACGUGGCGGUGCCUUCUUACUGUCUCGCCCCUGCCCCCAAAGAACUGGAUGACAGUGAGGCAGCUAGCGUGUUGUACGCUGGAUUAACUGCCUGGUCGGGUCUCUACAUCACCGGUGGCCUGGGCGGACCGUGUGGCGCUGUUACAGCUGACGGAGGUGGUGCCCACAAGCGCGUCUUGGUUCUCGGUGGCUCGGGAGGCGUUGGCUCUCUGGCUAUUCAAAUGCUAAAGUCACAAAAGGUGCAAGUACUCGCCACUUGUAGCGAAAAUGCCACUGAAAUGGUGCGCAAUCUGGGUGCCGAUUUGGUAGUGGACUACAACAACAGCGAGGCCAUGGAGGAGCUCUGCAAAUAUGCACCCUACGACAUUGUCCUGGACUGUUCCGGCCAAGGAGGCGAGAAGGCAGCGGAAUCAAAGUUUGAUUUCCGGCAAUACAUCACCUUCUCAUCGCCUCUGCUAGCCAACAUCGAUAAGCAAGGGCUGGGCCUGGGAGCAUUGAAGAAUGUUUUUGACUUGGUCCAGACCAAUAUCAGGUCCGUGUCGCAACGCGGCGGCCUGGUUAAGUGGGGAUUCUUCAGUCCCGCUCCGCAGGGCAUACAGUUCCUUAAAAAGCUAGUGGAGCAACGAAAGCUGAUGCCGCAGAUCGAUAGCAGCUACGGCUUUGGGGAUCUACCGCAAGCCUUCGAGAAGAUGAAAGGCGGACACUUGCGGGGCAAGAUUGUGGUUAAGCUCUGAGAGGGCGAAAUAGGCUGACAUUAAGCUUUAGUUGCUGUUUUAUUAAACGCUGAUGUUUGUUAA